AUGUUUCUUAUGUGCACAUUAUCCUUUUCUUGGCUGAACCUAAAGAAAAUAUUUCUAAUAAAUAGGGAAAAGCGACUCCUAGACCAUCAUUUCACAUCAUUCAGUUUUGCUGUUGAAAAAGCCCCAGAGGAAGGUCCAAAAGUAGAAAAAUCAGUAUCCCGAUCACCAUCGCCAUCUUCAUUGGGUCAAAUAACAUAUAUAACUUCUUUUGGAGGGGAAGAAGAAACAGGAAAACAAACUUCAAAUAAAAGUUCUGGAAAUAUUUUAGAGAAAGGAAGCACCAGUAGUUUAAGAAAAAAAUCUACAUAUGCUGAUAAAUUAAAGAGUAGUUCCGUUCGAAGGCGCCGAAGUAGGAGUAGAUCUCGAAGGGGGACUAGGUCAAGUAGGUCAAGAUCAAGAAGUCGAUCACGUAAUGGACAUAGGCGAAGCAGGUCAUAUUCUAAACCACGCAGUUAUAGACAACGAUCUCGUUCCCCAUAUUCAUCACAUAGAAGACGUAGAUCGAGAACAAGAUCGCGGUCAAAAACUCGUUCUAGCCGCUACCAUAAUUCCAACCGUUCUCUCAAAUUAAGUAGUAGGAGACGUUCUAGGUCGAGAUCAAGAAGAUCGAGAUCCAGAAAAAGAUCUAGAUCUCGUUCUACCUACUCCGACUCUUCAAGCAGCUCUAGAUCUUCCCACAAGAGCCUGACAAAGAAACUAUCCCCAACUGUUUCUAAAGAUAAUGACAAUGAUAAUUCGAAAGACAAUUCAAGUGCAAAUGAUGUACAUUCACCUGUGGCUGGACCACCAAUAAAAAAAUAUUAUGGAAGGAAAAAGGGUGAUGAGAGUUCUUCUGAGCUGAGUUUAUCAGAUAGUGAUGAUAGUGACAAUAGGAUAAGAGAAAAUCCUGAUAUACAUACAAAUAGCAAUGCUUCAACAGAUGUUCAAUCUCUAACAAACAACAGUUCUGGCACUCCAGCUCAAUCAACAUCUAGCAGCCUAUUGAUAGCAAACCCGAUCAUUAGCAGUACCAGUACUGGUACAAGCACUAGCGUAUCGGGUUUGUUUGGUAAAACUAAACCUAAUGCGAUCAACAAAGCCGCCAACAAACAGACCAGUUCAGGUGGCGGAAUUUUGAACAUUCAAGAGCGCCUUAAAAGGAAAAUGCAGGCGCAGUUGGCACGAACAUUGAAAGCUGAUAAAAAGGCAGAAAUAGAGCGUAAUGAAAGAGUUUUACAACAACAAAUUGAAAGAGAUGAAGAAAUGAGAGAGAUGGCUAUAAAAAUUAGACGCAGGCAAAGAGCGAUUCGUCACCGUUACAAUAGCGAUCAAUCUUCACAUUCCUCAGAUGAAUCUAGAAGUCAAUCUCGUUCUAAAUCACGAUCGCGGUCUGCAUCUCCUCAACCUGUAACACAUGAACUUCCAAGAGCUUCAUAUAGUGAUGUAGUUACUAGAUGUCACAAUGAUUUGAAUGAAUCAAUUUCUCAAGGUAGUAAAAAAUAUUCAACUCGUGAAGAUCGCUAUGAAGACUCAAAGACUUAUAAGGAUGAGGAAAAAUAUAAAGAUAGUAAAUCUCAUAAAGAUGAUUAUAGAUCUAAUAGAGAUGAAUCAAAAUCUUAUCGAGAUGAUUCAAGAACCUAUCGUGAUGACUUCAGGUCUCAUCGAGAUGAACCAAGAUUAUCAUAUCGAGAUGAUUCAAGAUAUAGCCGAAGAAAUGAUGAUUAUAGCGGAAGCAGUAGUAGUAGCAAGAAGAAACGCAGUGACGAUAGUGAUAAUGGCCAAAACAGAGGAUCAAAAGUUAAGCCCUUAGUUGAUUAUUAAAACAACUUUAUUUUUUAUGUGAUGAAAAUUACUUGUAAUACAAAUAUAAACUGUGUAUAUAACGGUACAAAUUUAUUAUGCAUAUUUUCUGUUAUAAGAAUGUAUGUGAUGUAGAUAUGUAAAUGUUAAACUAUAAAGUUGAAUUUUUAUGGCGGGCAUAUCCUGAAAUGAAUCAGGCUUUAGUUGACAUUAUUUUUGAGAUUUUUCUUCCAACUGCUUAAAAUAUUGUCCUCCAAUUUUUAUUAUUACUUUUUUAUGGGUUUUCAAACAUUAAUGCUCUAAGGAAAGAUAAUGCAGGGGACUUAAAACUUCUAAGAAACACAUUGCUGAAAAAUUAAUAAAUGUAAGCCAAGAAACAAGUAUGAAUUUUAAACACUUCUUAUACCUCAUCCAGGUAAUUAUUGCUGUCAAACCCUAAAUGACGAUUGUAAUGAAAUUCGUAGUGUAC